AUGCACAUCAUUAGUGUCAUGUUCGUUUACUACUUGCAAUGCGGGGAUGCGGAGACACGGCCCAAGGAAAUGCUCGGAGGACAAUUCUACGAUGGUCGCAAGAUUGUGAUUCCGCUUGCUGAGAAUGCUAGUAUCCAACUGCUAAAUCACUGGAUUCAACAAGCCACAAGCGGUUUCAUGGCUGCCUUCGCUAGCAGAAAGUAA